AUGUCUUCCUCGGGGGCUGCAGCCAUCGCACGUGGCGUUCAGAAGCUGUUCGUCGGCAAUCUUCCGUGGACGGUUAGCACCAAGGAACUGAAGGCGUACUUUUCAAGGUUUGGACACGUGCAUUCUUCCAAUGUUAUCUACGAUAAGACGACAGGGUUGAGUCGUGGCUACGGAUUCAUCGUGUUCAGCACACGAGAUGGCUACACUAAUGCCACAAAUAAUCGGAAUCAUUCGCUGGAAGGACGCUUGUUGGAUGUGCAACCGGCUGCCUCCUGAUUGCCAUUAUUUUAACAGUAGUUUCGUGUUAGGUCCAUAAUGUAGUGAUAGAAUACUGAGCAAACACUACGUACAAACGUAGUAAUAACAUUUAGAUGUAGCAACGA